GGUUAACAUAGAAGUGUUCGACUACCUUUCAAAAUACAUCUUGUGUUCUUGCUCGUAUUUCCUUGCUUUGUGAGCUUUUACCUGCAUGUAUUGUAACUCUGUAGGGCCUUUGGUCUCUAUGCUAUCAUGUGUGAAGUUGACUUUUUUGAAGGCCCGGAAAAGCUGAUGGAAAUCUGGUGGGGGAGCGAGYAUGGCUCAAGCAAAUCYGGCGACUUGAGAACAGUUCCAAGRGAGAAAUGGGAAACCAUCCUUGGCUUGGUCAAUUGCCAAAUUAUCAGUGAAACCAGAAAUGAUGACAUGAUAGCUUAUCUGCUAAGCGAGAGUAGCAUGUUUAUAUCMAAGACCCGUGUUGUGUUGAAGACAUGUGGUACAACAACAUUGCUACAUGCUGUCAAACCGUUGAUCCAACUAGCAGAAGAAGAGUGCGGUCUCACUGACAUCCAGGAUUUUUUCUACUCYAGAAUGAACUUUCUUGAACCAGAUCUGCAGCAAGCUCCUCACCAAUCAUUUGACCAAGAGGCCAAGUGGCUUGAUCAGUUGUUUCAAAAUGGUGCAGCUUAUGCACUUGGUAGAAUCAAUGGACGUGGGUGCUGGUAUCUUUAUACACUCCACAAUGAUGUCCCAGGAGUACAACAGCCUGACCAAACAUUGGAGAUUCUUAUGCAAGACCUUGACCCCAAAACAAUGAAAAAAUUCUUCAAAGAACAAGAUACAGAUGUGAAAGAAGUAACUAAGGCGUCAGGAAUAAAAGAUUUCCUCCCUGGUGCCCUUAUUGAUGAUGCACUGUUUGAUCCUUGUGGAUACUCAAUGAAUGGUUUGAUUGAUGUUCCUGCAUUUGAGAACAACAAUGUGCUUUCACAAGUGCACAAGUACCCUCUGAAGGCAUUACUGCGGGACAGUUACUUCACUAUUCACAUCACCCCACAAGAAAAAUGCUCCUAUGUUAGCUUUGAAACYAACCUGAAACUGAAGUGUUACAAAGAUUUGAUCAACAAAGUGUUGGAUGCAUUCAAACCUGGAAGAUUCUUGAUGACUUUGUUUGCUAAUGAGGGUGCACCGUGUGGACCAUCAUUCAACACAUUUGACUGCCAUUUCACUGGCUACAAAAGGAACGAUUUGCAGUUAUGUCAAAUGAARAGCUACAACCUCACUUACGGCCAUUUUGGCAAAGAUGAAUUUUGAAUGCUGACAAUAAUAUAUGCAUGGUUCUCAUUAGAUUUUAGCAAGGAUCUUUUAACAAGGGUAAUAUAUUAGGACUUGGAGAAAAAACAUGCAAAAAGUGUAACAUUUAGAUGUAUUUAUAAUAUUUAGUUCAGUAAACAAUAAAAUUCAAUAUACCGGUAAUUGAGUCAUUACACUUAUAUGGUGAAACAGAAUGAAAUGCGAGUCAAAUAACUAAAGGUGUACCGGUAUUCAAUCCCUGCAUCGUGAUGUUCAAUAAAACAUUCACAAAACUA